AUGGACAGGAAGGCCCUCUUCUUCCCGUGCGGCCUCGUCUUAGCAUCAGCCUACCUGAGCACCGCCACUCCGCUCGACUACUCGUUUGCCCUCGACAAGCCCCUGCACACGCUCGCCUUGGUGCUGCUCCUGACCGGCCUCGCCCUCGUCGCUGCCGAAGCCUGGUCGUCCCGCCGCCGCCCUCACCACCACACGCACUACCCGCCCCAGCAGCCCGCCACCUACAUCGCCCUCGCCCUCAGCAAUGUCCAGACGCGCCAUCCCGGCGAGGAGAUCUGGUCCGAGGCCGGACUCCACGGCCGCCCCAGAGCCUGGAGCGUGAGGGCCGUCGGCGCCCUGUUGGCGCUGCUGCUGUUUGCCAUAUGCGGUCGCAUCGCCAUCUUCUACCGCGUCAUCAGCCAUGUCGAGUGCAGCGGCCCCUCUGCAUGGCCAUUCCUCCCGCUCGUCGUUGCCCUAUACCACAGCAUCCGUCACCCCAGUCAGCGCCAGUACCCCGCCUGGAGCCCUGACACGCGCAUGCGCUCACCACUCGACCGCGUCUUUGGCUUCGUCUUCAAUGGCUCUACGCGCUACAUUAUCCCCUCUCUCCUGCUCUCCAUCAGCAGUUUCCUUGUCAGCAUCAAAUCCACCACCCUGCGCUCUUCGUACAUCUGCUCCAUUGCAAACUCGGACGCCACCAGUAUUCCUUCCCUGCAGUUUUUCGGCUUCUUGUUAGACUGCAUUGUCGCCCAGCUGAUUUACCGCCUGGUCGACGACGGCAUUUCCGAGCCCGACGAUUGGUCUAUCCAGCUCCAAGAUGGCACCUCCAACCACCUGCUAGUCGGCUUGACUUUGAUUGCAUCAUCUCUGGUUCUUGUUGUCGCUGGCAUUGUCAUUUACCCUGCCAUGCCCGAGCAUCGCGAAUGGAUGCUCUCAUUUCCUUCCGACUAUCUCCUUGGUCUUUUGCGUUUGUCCUUGAUGAUACCCUUUAUGACGUUAUGUUUUAUAAAAUCGGCUCGUUUGUAUGGCGUUAUGAGCUCGGUGCUCAUUGUUGCAUUUUCCUCUGCAUAUAUUGGAGUUCUUCGCGCACUGGGGACCGGCGUGUCCCACUCGUUUCCACCAAAAUCCACGGUUGGACUUGUUUUGUGUUUGACAUUGCUUACUAUUGCGCUCAUCAUUCAUCUCUUGACAGAUACAAACAUCGAAACCCGCAUUCGCUCUACGGUGCCAGUCCGCUUGGGAAGAAACCAGUCCGCUACAUUCAUCGUGCUUCUCAUCGCCUUUUCCAUAGGUGUUGUUGUAUAUCGCCGACAAGGGCCAGUACUCGAGCACCCCAUUGCGACGCUAAUCGACAUUGCUGCCGUGCAACAUGAUCAGUGGGCUUCGCAAGCACAUCGGAGCAACUCGCUGGCUGAGGCUGUCGUGCACUACCGCCAGCGCUACAAUCGCGACCCCCCGCCCAAUUUCGACAAGUGGUACAAUUUCGCCGUCAACCGUAACUCAAUUGUGAUUGAUGAUUAUGACAACAUUGAGGAAGAUCUAGCCCCCUUUUCGUCCUUCAACCCUGACGAUUUGCGGUUGCGCACUGCAACCGUCCUGGCUACUCGGGACGGUGUUGGCGGUAUCCGCAUCAGGGACGGGAAAGCAGGCCUAUUUGACAAUGUGGAAGAGGCGCAUCGAGAGACUAUGGAGGGUGUGGUCGCUAUGAUUCAGAAGUUCGCCGAGUUUCUUCCUGAUAUGGAUUUGGCCAUGAACAUGCAGGACGAGAGCCGUGUAGCGGUUCCCUACGAGCGCCUACAAGACGCGCUGGAUAACCCGCAACCGUAUCCCAUGUCUGAGUCGGAUCGCGCGGCCAAGGGUUUCAGUGCAGACCGUGCAGAGAAAUGGUUGCAUAUGGAUCAUGUCAGGAAUGACCCACACUUUUUUGAAGAUGCUCGAUUGAAGCCCGCCUACGAGACAUACGGCUCCAUCGCCUGCCCGCCCGAAUCGCGCGCGCGCAAAGAGCGUCACUGGAACACAAAGACUUUUUGCCAUACCUGCACCCAAGGCCACUCGAUUGGUGCCUUUGUCGCCAAUUGGACCCUGUCAGCCGAUCCCUGCCAUCAACCGGAUAUUGCAAACCUCCAUGGCAUGUAUCUGAGUCCGUCGGGCUUGAUGGGCACUCACGACAUCGUCCCAAUCUUCAGCCAGAGCCGUGCUCCUGGGUUUGCGGACAUUCGAUACCCAUCGCCCUGGAACUACGCGGAUAAGAACAAGUACAGUUUUGACGAGAAAUCGCCUGAUCCCCGUUUCGUAGAUAAGCUGGAUGUGCUCUUCUGGCGCGGCACGACCACCGAAGGCAUGACUUCGUAUGGAACCUGGAAAGGUAUGCUUCGUCAGCGACUCGUUCAUCUACUGAACAACGAAACAUCUCGUCAACCUAUCCUCCUCCCGAAGCCGGAUCACAGUGGCCGCCUGGAAUAUAUGCUUAAGCGCACUGGGGAUAUCAAGAGGUAUCUUGAGACCAAGACCGACGUCCGCCUUAUUGGCCCAAUUGCACGCUGCGCCGGUCAAGACUGCGAUGACCAGUCGCGCGAGUUUGGAUUCGGUGAUCCUAUUGAAUUUAAGCAACACUGGCGCUAUCGAUAUCUGUUCGACACCGACGGGGCCGGCUUCUCUAGUCGCUUCAUUCCCUUCCUACAAUCGAACUCGGUAAUCUUCAAGGCCGCCCUCUUUCGCGAAUGGUACGAAGGCCGUCUCACAGCCUGGAAGCACUUUGUCCCCGUUGAUCUUCGCCUCCACGACCUCUUUUCCACCCUAGCCUACUUUGGCGGCUAUGGUGUCGAGGAACGCAACAAGCGCAUGAUGGAGGGGAAGAUCAAGGCUGCAGAGAAGAUUGCAAGAGACGGCAAAGUGUGGACAGAAAAGGUGCUGAGGAAGGAGGACAUGGAAAUCUACAUGUUCCGGCUUUUGCUCGAGUGGGGAAGACUUACCGACGAUGCACGUACCGAGGUGUGUUUCCGAAUGGAAAAGGGGAAGAGAGAUGCCGAGGAUAAGGUGGGCAUUGUGGAGAGGAGCGAGGUCCAGGAGCUGUGACAUGGUGGGAAGAAGCUGCAAGACGGUGCAAGUAGCAUUUUCAUGGCGUUAUUUUGAGUAGAUUUGCAAUUUCCUAAAUUUUGAUUCUUCUUCUUCUUAUAUAAUAUUACCCUUGU